CACAAUCAUCUUGGACUAUCGCCAAAGAUAAAAUCCUCGUGGUUGUGUUUUGUUUAUAUUUACAUCUUUCUUCAGAAUGAAAGUUAAAAGCUUUCGAAAAAAAUUACGUUUGAAAUCGAUAAGUUGUAUGAAAUGGAACUUCUGAUUGGGGAAUAUGUAAUGUAAGUCAUUAUUAGUGCAUAGAAUUAUCAUUUCAAUUCUUCCCUAUUCCAUUAAUGAGCUAAACAAAAAUGCAAUUCAUCAAAUUUGGCAAUGCGGCUCGAAAUUUAACCAAAUUUACCUUGAAAUCCUUAAUUUCGUCAUCUUGCACUUAUCCUUCUUCAUUUAAUGCAUGUUUUCCAUAUAUUUGUACACCUAUAUCACCUUUUUCCAAAAUUCGAACAUUGUCUUCCAUACCAUGUUGCCUUUGGCCUUCUGAUUUACCACCUACUACAGAAUGGGGUUAUGGAAUGAGAGGUCCUGACACAUGGCCUGAAAAGUACCCUCAUGCAGGCGGUCAACACCAGUCUCCAGUGGACAUCAUAUCAGAUAUCGUCCAGUCCAAAGAAUUCGAUCCUCCUUUAUCCUGGAAUUAUGGAUCGGGAAUAUGCAAAUCUAUCGUGAACACGGGCUGCGGGUGGAGAGUCGAUGUCCAGGGGAAUUCAGAGCUUAGAGGGGGCCCCUUGGAGCAUACCUAUGAGUUGGUACAAUUUCACUGUCAUUGGGGUAAUGACAGCCAUUGCGGGUCUGAACAUGUUGUUGACGGCAAAUCAUACGCUGGCGAGUUGCAUUUCGUCCACUGGAACAAAGAAUUGUUCACCUCAUGCGCUGAAGCAAUCGCUUCCCCUAAAGGAUUGACUGUGAUUGGUGUCUUUCUGGAGGUUGGAGAGAAGAACUCAGAAAUAGAAAAAUUGUGUGAAACUAUUCCAAAUAUUGCUCACAAGGAUGAGAGGAUCGAUUUAGAAUGUGAUAUAGAUCCUGUAGCCAUGUACCCUGCUGAUCCAUCCUAUUGGACAUAUGAUGGUUCACUGACAACUCCUCCUUGUUAUGAAAGUGUCACAUGGAUCAUGUAUAAAAACCCCAUCACAGUUUCUGAAGAACAACUUGAUUGUUUCCGCCACAUGAAAAAAACAUGCGUGGAACAAGAGUCUGAGAGUCCUGGAUUUGUGGACAAAAAUUAUCGUCCACCUCAGCUCCUUAAUGACAGGGAAAUAUGCGAAUGCAGCUGCGCUUAACCAUUAUAUAGAAUACAAAUAUAUUAUAUAUGUCUACACCUAAAAAUGUUGUAUGUUGAUAGAGAAUAUUUUCGUACGUUCCUUAUUAGAUCCAAAUGUUCAAUUCUUCGGAUCCUCAUUUUUUAUAAGCAGAAUGUAGAAAUUCUUGUUUUCAGCCCUUUAUACAACGAAUAGUUGAGAGGUAAAGAUAAACUUUCUCAACCUGAUUCCUAUUCUAGGCAACAGGUUUUGGCAGUGUAAAGAUAAUAAGAAUUUAUUGUAUAAUCUUCGUACCAAUAGAUAUACGUAAGUCCAUUCUGGUAAGUGAUUCAUGAUGUGUCAUUAUGUCAUAUGAGAUGCAUCAAGAAAGUUUAUUUGAGAAAAACAUUUCCUGUGCCUGAAAUCAGUUUUUAGUAAUUUUUACUUGAUAAACUUAUGGGGCUUGGAUUCGAAAGUCGGUAGUUUAAAAUUUAAAAAUUUGAAUUUUUAUAAGGGAAAAUAAACUAGUAUUGUCAUAUUUGACACAGCAGUCCAGAUUGGGCCAAGGCUUUCUGUUGAGAAGAAUUCUCCAGGAUUUUUUUUUUUCAUCUUUACUGCUAAUCUUUUGUUCCAAUCAUUCUAAAUUUAUAUUCCUCAGAAUCUAGUUAACAUUAUUUUGGCCUUCCUUUUUUUCGACUAAUGAAGAGGUUUAAUGCAAGUAUUUUCUUUAUUGUAUCUUUCACCCUAAUAUAAUGGGGUUAAAAAGGAAUUUAUACUUUAUUAAUACAUUUUUUUUCUACUUCAAAAUAUAUGCAAUGCUUGGUCUGCGCUAUGCUUGAUUUUAAACAUGGCUUAGUGUUUUUUUUCCUAUGUAUCUCUUUUUGGUUUGAAUAAUUUCACUAAGUUCCAAACUGGUUUGGUUCAAUCAAUUUUGAUCCAAUCAAUUCCAAACUGUUUAAGUUUUAUCUUAUUGAAUUUUUCAAGUUAAUUUACUGUAAAAUUCUUAACAUUAUAAACAAUUUUUGUUAGCUCUUUUGCACUCAACACAAUUUUAGAUGUCGUUUUUUUAAAUUUUUUCAAAUUAUUGAGAGGUAUAGUUUUUAAUUUUUGAAUCCUAGCCCUUCAUAUCAUCUUGUCCAAAAAACAAUUUGCAAACUCAUCUAUUUGAUAUCUUCACUGAUGAAACUUGUCGUCUACUGCAAGAAUAGGAUUGUUUGUUUACCCAUGUUGCAUUUUAUGUCUGGUAUUGUCUAAUUUGUGUUUUGGAUGCAUGCAUAUGUGAUCUCAAAUUGUGUCUAAAAACUAUGCAAUAUUAAAUAAAAACUACGUAUAUAGAACUAUGCAAUAUAAAAACCGUUAGACUUUUAAGAAAAUUUUCAUUACUAUACAAUAUAUUGUAUAAUCAUAUGCAAAAAUAUGAUUUUUUUUUUAAAAUUGUUUUUAUGUGUAUACAGGGUGCUUUAGGGGAGCAAUAUACUUAAAAUAAUUCAAUAUUUCAUGAUAAUUUUAAUUUAGUGCAUCUGUUGUAAAGUAUCAUAUAAAUCUUGAUAUUGAACAGAAAUAUAGAUGAACUUAACACCUUGUUAAUGUUAUUACAGUUUUAAACUAUGAUUUAGUUAAAUAUAUCAAUCUUUAUGCAAAUGUCUACCAGUGCACCAUUUGAUUUUUGAUUUUCUGGAUUGUUUGAAAUGAACUACUCUUUCAUCUUAUAAUAAGAAUAUACCAGUUUUAUAAUUUUUAGCUGUAAGUUAUGUAAUUUAGAAAAAGAUUAAUUAGUUAGGUGAUUUAAUUCAUAGCGCAAUUAAGACGGAACAUGUAAAUUUAAGGUUAAUGUCAUAGUUUUUAGAACUUUCUUAAAUAUUUUAUAAUUUAAGCAAUAUUGAUUAUUAUCGAAGUAAAACACGUGUAGAAAAAUAAUAAUUAUACUCGAAGGUCUAUUAAAAAAUUUACAUUUCUAGAAAGAAGGACAAAUUGUUUUGAGUAAACGUGUUAUAGAUUAGAAAAAAAA